AUGGAUGAGGUGAAGAAUAACGUCCUUGAUGGCUUAAAGAAAGAGUUAGAAGGGAUGACUGUACUUAUUUUAAAUGAGGACAGUAAUGAUGACGGGGAUUUGGGCGAUGCAGCGGGUACCUCAUCCCUCGGAGAUCUUUAUAAGCAUGUUGCUGAGCUCGAGGAAGCGGUGUUGGAUAUUACUGUCUAUAUCAGAGAGAAAAAACUAAAGAAAAAGGAACAAGAUGAGCGACAACACGAGCAAGUGAAUGUGGACCUUUGUGAAUCAGAGAGGAAUGAAAAAGGAGAAAAAAAAAGCAAAAUGGAUGAGUUGGUCUCUGUUGUGGCGGGAGAGGAAAAAGAAGAAGAAAAAAAGGAUAAAGAAGAAGAUAUGUGCCAAGAAGAAAGAGAAGAAGGUGAAGAAUCACCAGCUGAAGAAAGUCCAAAAGAAGCAACAGUAGAAGCAGAAGAAGAACCUGAAAAAGAAACAACAGCAGAUGUUGAGAAAGAAACAGAAGAAGGUGAGAAAGCACCAGCCGAAGAAGUACCAGCUGCUGCAGAUGCUGAAAUAGAAGGAGAAGAAGGCAACCAUGAAGAAAAAGCCAAAGUUACUCAGAAAAAAGAGCUGAAGCUGACCAAAAAGAUUUGGUCAUGGAUAUCGUAG